AUGGAGCGGGAGGGCAGCGGCCCGGGUCCCCCCGCGCCCCACGAGCCCAUCAGCUUCGGCAUCGAUCAGAUCCUGGGCGGCCCCGAGCCCGCGGGGCCGCACCGGGCGGCCGCAGAGCACGACUACGGGCUGUACGGCGGCGGGUACGGCCCCGCCGGUCCGCUCGGUUCCUACAACCUCAACAUGAGCAUGAACGUGAGCGUGAACGUGACCCCCGCGCCCGCCGCGCCGCCCGCCGGGGUCAUCCGCGUCCCGGCGCACCGGCCCGCGCCCGCUCCGCCGCCCGCCGCCCCCGCCGCGCCGCCGCCGGGGCCCGCGCUGCCGGUCACCUUCCCCUGGAUGGAGACUACGCGCCGCAUCGCCAAGGACCGGCUCUCAGCCGCACUGUCACCCUUCACGGCCACGCGACGCAUCGGGCACCCGUACCAGAACCGGACACCGCCCAAGCGCAAGAAGCCGCGGACGUCCUUCUCCCGGGUGCAGAUCUGCGAGCUGGAGAAGCGCUUCCAACGGCAGAAGUACCUGGCCCGGCCCGAGCGUGCCACCCUGGCCAAGGCCCCUCAAGAUGACGGAUGCCAGUUCAAGACUUGGUUCCAGAACCGCCGCACCAAGUGGAGGCGUCAGACGGCGGAGGAUCGCGAGGCGGAGCGGCAACAGGCCAACCGGCUGAUGCUGCACCUGCUACAGGAGGCUUUCCAGAAGAGCCUGGCGCAGCCCCUGCCGCAGGACCCGCUCUGCAUGCACAACUCCUCGCUCUAUGCCCUGCAGAACCUCCAGCCCUCCGAGGACAACAAGGUGACAUCGGUCUCGGGGGUGGCCUCUGUGGUGUGAGGGCCCCGGGUGUCGCCGAUGUGCCGGGAGGUGGCAGUGGGAGCCCAGCCUGCAGCAGGGAGGGGACUGCAGCUUCCUGGGGCCUCCCACGGGCAGCCCCCUCCCUGCCACUGACAAGCCCCUUGGGCCCCCUGGCUGGGUGGCCAUGCCCCUGCAAUUGGACUCAAAGCUUUACCAAAUCCCACCUGGAGCACCGCUGUGGGCAGCCCCCUGCUCGGACCCCCUGGGAGCCCACAGCCAGGCCCUACACCCUGCGGGGCUCUGC